AUGGCACCAUCAUUUUCAGUGCAGAACUUAGUGGCACUGCGUAUUUCUGCAUUUGCUGAAAGUUACAGCAAUUCUGAACAUCAGGCAGCAGCCCGUGCACUGCUUCGACACAAUGUCCAUCUUGAUGGAACUCACUACCACACCAGGAAGCCAGGCAGCCUUCGCCCGUCAUAUGUGGCCUUCAACUCUUUUCCUAUAAUGAAGCAACAUUCUCUCACUUGUGAGGAGUUGGUCGAAGCCUCCUUGCAAGAUGUCUUCGAUUCAAUUCAAUUAAUUACUCCAGCAGAUUGCUAUGCAGGACGGAGAUUGCUAUGCAGGACGGAGAUUGCUAUGCAGGACCGUCUCGACAGAGGAAUUUCAGUACUGAUUCGUUGCCCAGGUUUCAAUGCCAACACUGCACUCUCUCCAGGGGAUGUGGCAGUUGAUUUAUACAUCACCCCACAAGAGCUGCAGGAGAACUCUGCAUUCUUAGUUCAAGUGUUUUGCGAAGAAUUUGUUGUUCCUCACAUGGAACGAUUCAUGAAGUGCUGUCAUAUUGAAGGUGUCAAGCCACCACAUCGUUUUGUUUCAGCACGGAUUAAUCUCAGUGGCCCGCCGCACCUUCCAGCACCCAGUGUUGCAACUGGGGCACGUAUCCAGUGCUCAGGCUAUCUGAAAGAGGCUUUCAAGAGGGAGCUCUCAUUUGGAUCAAAGGAACCAUCAUCAUUGCCUGCUUCAGCUGCCAUCUGUCAUGCUACUGCUCCAGUGUCAAUGGCUUAA